CAACGUCAAUUGCAAAGGCAAAGCAUCGAAGCAAACCCUGUUCCUCUAUUUCGCGCCUCCAGACUUCCUUCCGUAGCCGCACAAAGUCUCUAGCCAACCAUUGUCCGGCUCCGCCAUUGCCCCCUCUUCGCACAGAGAGACAUCGACUGCGCAAUAUCGUCUCCCAUAGCUCUAUUCUUCGAAGCUUCUUUUCAGUGAAACUUUGUUACCAGUAUAAAAAUGUCGUCUCUGAGGAAUGCUAUCCCAAGAAGAGCUCACAAGGAACGUGCUCAGCCAGACUCAAGAAAAAAAUUUGGGCUUCUUGAAAAACAUAAGGAUUAUGUUAAGCGUGCAAGAGCCUAUCAUCAAAAGGAGCAGACUUUACAGAAACUCAAGGAAAAGGCGGCAUUUAGGAAUCCCGAUGAAUUUUACUUCAAGAUGAUUAACACAAAAACCGCUGAUGGAGUACACAUGCCGAAGGGCCAAGCAAACAAGUACUCAAAAGAAGAACUCAUGUUGAUGAAAACGCAAGACAUGGGAUAUAUCUUGCAGAAACUUCAAGCUGAGAGAAAGAAAAUUGAAAAGCUAACUGCGUCAUUGCAUGUUACUGGCAAUCAAUCAUCAAGCAAACAUGUGUACUAUGCCGAAGACAGGGAGGAAGCAAAACAAAUAAAGUUAGAGAUUUCGGAAAAAAAGAAAAAAACAAUUGCUGAAGACUUGCCCAGUGAUAUUAAAAGGAAGAUGGAUGCUUCUUAUAAAGAGCUCGAGGACAGAAAGAGUAGAGUGAAAGAAUUAGAGAAUAUAUACGGGAAUAUGGCUUCGCAAAAAGAAUUACAGAAAAAGGGCAAGAAACGCAAAGCUUCGGGAAGAUGAAAUUGUUAAUCCAUCCUCCAGACCCGUGUAUAAGUGGUGAAAAGAAGGAAAACGAUGAAGAGGUCAGAUAUAUUCGUUUAGAAGUUGACGUAAGAAUAUAUACACAUUUGAUCAAUACCUUAGAUAUUAGAUUUGCUUGUAGAAGCGCGUAAUAACUUAGAAGUACGGUAAUUUUACAUUGAGUUGAUUUUUAACGUUCUCCUUGGUAGAUAGUUGUCCAAAUUUUUAUUUGAUGGUGUUGGACGAACUGUUCUCUUUAAUGUUACCAAUUUUUAACCUA